ACCAGUCAGCCUGGAACGCCCCGGCUCUCCCCAACCUUCUCUGGGACAGAAGCCUUGGAGCACCCUCAGGCCCAGCGCGUCCACAGAGGGCCCUUGGGCUUGGUCGGGACCCCGGACGCCCACAGGUUCCCCUCUUACAGCUCGGCCUUCUCCUCCUCCAGUGAAAGCACCACCUCCUCCUCCUCCCCUCCUGACUCCUCCCUCUUCUAUCGGCCGGGGCUGGGAUCGGUGGCGGGGAGGGGACAGGAGAUAUGUAUUCACUGUAUGGAUAACCAGGUGAUUGCUGCCUUGGUUCCCUGUGGCCAUAACCUCUUCUGUCUAGAUUGUGCCACCCAGAUUUGCCAGGGUCCAGAAGCUGUGUGCCCCGUGUGCCUGUCCCCGGUCACACAGGCCAUUCAGCUCCGCAACAUCUGAUUGUUUUAUUUUUUUAUCCAUUCACUUGGACGGCUGAUGAGGAAUCAGACCUCCCCAACACUAUCAACUCAUUUGUGUGGGGGAAAUUACAAAACUGACCCGAUUCAGAUUCUAGGUUUGUCCUCAUCAAGCUGGUGUUGACAGGUGAGGAAGAGUAGGUAAAUAAGGAAUGAUCUGUGUUCAGGACAUGGGUUUGGCUCUUGAGUCCGUUCAUGUGCCUGUUUUUGUGAAGUCUUCUUCCUUGAUUGAUCAACGCGUGGGUCGGAAGCCCUCUUAGCAUCGUGUAGCAUCGGGUGGGGUGGGAUAAAUAUAUGAAUAUUUUUAUUUCUCAUUGUGAUUUUUGAUUUAAAUUUUCUCCUCCCUGAAACAUCUUGUUAUCAGUUUUUGCCUACCUACAUUUUAUAUAUUUUUUUAAAUGUUCUUUGAACCCUUUUAAAUCUCUAUAUUGAACUCCAUAAUGUUGGCUUUUUGGGCAAAUUUUUUGUCUACAUCUCAAAAGUUUUUUUUUUGUUUUCAUUUGCUGAAACAUGGCCCAGCCCCUUUGCCUCGAAAUUAAUUUUGCUCAUGGCAAAGAAACGAGGCAUACAUGUUAACAUACAGCGAGUCCCACACAGAUUAAUAGUAUUCUCUAUUCUCUCGUUACUGCAGCAUUUGAAUGCCUACCACAGUAAACUGGAUAUGUGCACAUGCUACGUUAUUCUGGCUGAUUCCUCUGUCCCAGAUAUUUGUUGUUAUUAUUAUCAGGCUGGUAAAUUGUAUUUGUGUUACCUUGAAUCAGACAGGGUGUUUACAUGCUACAGAUUAUAAAUCAGAAGUUUUGAUUAUCGCUGAUAAUAACAACAUAUUGAUUCGCGUGCAAACACAGUGUUUUUAAACGAAGCAG